CUGCAGGUGCAAUGCACAUGUCCGCGAGGGACCACUCACAAGCGUCGCACCUGGGUCCAUACCGGAACAGUUACGGAGGUGGCAGUGGUUGUAGUUAUGGUUAUGGUUGUGGGAAUGUGGUGAGCUUGAACGCUUGUCCAAAUUCGUCGUCGGUGUAUUACCAGCUCAGAUCGAGCAUCGGUGCAGGCAUAGCCCCAAGGCAAGUGUCCGCUGGGAUGGUGCAGGUUCCUCAAGGUGCGGGAGGCGGUGGUGCCGGGGGGAACGAGCCGGUAGUAUUCGACUCGGUGCCCGUGGUCCAUGGGAAAGUUGCAGCCAAGAGGCUGAGGCUGUUCGGAGUGAACAUGGAGUGCCCGAUUUCUGAGUCCGAUGACGAGUGCGACAUACUGUCCUCAACCUCUAUAUCACAUGCUUCAAUCUCAUCGCAAGCCCACCAAAUGUCCUCCUCUUCUUCACAGCAGCCUCCUCUCCAAUUGAGGCUGUACAACGGUACGCCGUUGCCGACCAUCCAGGCGGAGUUCUUAAACAAGGGAAAGGCUUCGGUCUCGUCAUCCCUGGACUUGGAUAUUUGAGAGAAGACGACCCAAAAAGAGUUGGCACUACAUUGAUUGGUUUUGGUUUAUGUCGUCAACUCAUACGAUUAACCAGGACCAUAAUUUUGCCAGAAUGUCUUGCUCAUUAUCUACUGCAAUUCUUGCAUUUGUGGAAUAAUUGGAGGGCUUAGGCAAUGAAGGGCAAGAAUCAAGAAUUGCCCCAAAAUGGCAGUAUGUUUUGUAUGGUUUUGACGUGUGAAACAGAAAGGGGGCAUUUGAGAGAAUCUGGGGUUUCCCGUGAAGAAAUCGUUAGAAACGUCAUCAAAGGAGACAGAGAGGAGAUCCAGAGCUGUGCAGCCAUCAUUUUCAAGAAUUACAUAUGGAACAGUUCUCUCUUUUAUAGAAAGAAAAACAUUUUGCUUUGUGUAUAAAGUACAUAUAUGAUAUUCAUGAUCAACUCAUUAUAGAUAGAGUCUAAUAUGGAGAGACAUCUGAUAGAUCCCAUCAAUCACAGCCCAAGAUUUCACGUCCCUUUUGUUUUCCUUUUUACUUUCCCGUCUUCUAUUAGGACCUGGUUUCUCCAAUGUGUAUUCAUCCACUGAAUCAGCUCUUUAUGAUCGAUCUUUAUUC